AUGUUGAAAAAUAGAUUUGAAACGAAAGAUUUAGGUGAAGUGGAAAAUAUAGUUGGUUUUGAUAAAAAAAGAGAAUCAUCAAAAGGAAACAUUGAAAUUAGUCAGAAAAACUACAUUAAUACAAUAUUGCAAAAAUUCAAUUGUUUAGAGGCAAACAGUGUGUGUACUCCUUUAGAAAAUAAUAUAAAACUAUUACAAAUUGAAGAACCUAUAACUACAGAAGAAAACAAUUAUAUGGAAAAAAGGCCUUAUCAAGAAUUAAUUGGUGCUUUAUCUUAUUUAUCCAACAGUACACGUCCAGACAUAUCUUUCAGUGUCAAUUAUCUUGCGAGAUACAACAAUAGUCCUCGAAAAGUUCAUUGGAAAGCUGCAAAAAGGAUCUUAAAAUAUUUAAUUGCAUUUAGCGACUCAGACUGGGCAAAUGAUAUUCAUACAAGAAAGUCCUGUUCUGGUUACGUGGUAACAAUGUGCGGUGGCCCAAUUUCAUGGAAAUCUCAGAAACAAAAAUCAACUGCAUUGUCAACAAUGGAG